AUGUACAAGCGAGCACUAGCAGGCUAUGAGACAGUACUGGGUCCUGAUCAUACAUCCACACUGAGUACAGUCAACAAUCUUGGGAAUCUGUACUCUAAACAGGACAAGCUCAAGGAGGCAGAGAAGAUGUAUCAGCAAGCACUAGUAGGUAGAGAGAAGACCCUUGACCCUUGGUCCUGGCAUACAUCCACCCUGGAUAUAGUCAAUAACCUUGGGAAACUGUACAAAAACCAGGGCAAGUCCAAGGAGGCAGAGGAGAUGUAUGAGCGAGCACUAGCAGGCUAUGAGACAGCACUGGGUCCUGAUCAUACAUCCACACUGAGUACAGUCAAUAAUCUUGAGAAUCUGUACUCUAAACAGGACAAGCUCAAGGAGGCAGAGAAGAUGUAUCAGCGAGCACUGGUAGGUAGAGAGAAGACCCUUGGUCCUGGUCAUACAUCCACCCUAAGUACAGUCAACAAACUUGGGGUCCUUUACGAAAACCAGGGCAAGUCCAAGGAGGCAGAGGAGAUGUAUCAGCGAGCACUAGCAGGCUACAAGACAGCACUGGGUCCUGAUCAUAUAUCCACUCUUUGUAUAGUUAAUAGUCUUGGUCUUUUUUUCUCUUUUCAGGAUAAGCUGGAAGGGGCUGAGGAGAUGUUCCAGCGAGUACUGGCAGGCUUUGAGACAGCACUGGGUCCUGAUCAUACAUCCACCCUGAGUACAGUCAACAAUCUUGGGAAUCUGUAUAAAAUCCAGGGCAAGUCCAAGGAGGUGGAGGAGAUGUUCCAGCGAGCACUGGCAGGCUUUGAGAUAGCACUAGGUCCUGAUCAUACAUCCACCCUGAGUACAGUCAACAAUCUUGGGAAUCUGUACAAAAUCCAGGGCAAGUUCAAGGAGGCGGAGGAGAUGUACCAGCGAGCACUAGCAGGCUUUGAGACAGCAUUGGGUCCUGGUCAUACAUCCACCCUUAAUUUGCCGCCAAUAUGA